GGCGCAAAGGGGUCAUGUGACAGAAACCAGCUGACAUCGAACAUUUUCCCAAAGUCAGGUUUUAUUUUCGCUGUCCACAUCGCUCCCGGAAAAAAAGCAGAAAAACCCAAGCAAAAUGGCUCUGCACUCGGCAAUCAAGGGAAAACUGAUCAGCGUCAUCGGCGACGAGGACACCUGCGUGGGAUUCCUGCUCGGCGGCGUGGGCGAGAUCAACAAGAACCGCCACCCCAACUUCAUGGUGGUCGACAAAAACACGCCCGUCAGCGAGCUGGAGGACUGCUUCAAGCGGUUCCUCAAGCGGGACGACAUCGACAUCAUCCUGAUCAACCAGAACUGUGCCGAGCUCAUUCGUCACGUGAUCGAUGCCCACACGUCGCCCGUUCCCGCGGUCCUCGAGAUUCCCUCGAAGGACCAUCCCUACGACGCCAGCAAGGACUCCAUUCUGCGUCGCGCCCGCGGCAUGUUCAAUCCCGAGGAUCUGGUGCGCUAAACUCUA